CACAUCCAACACUUCCUGACUGAGAGGAACAUUGCUGUGCUUCGUCAUGGGAACAGUGUUGACAUUGUUGCAGGUGUGGUGAUGAGCAACGGUUACCUGUGGAAGAAGCACAGGAAGUUUACCCUCUCCUACCUACGCCACUUUGGAGAAGGCCAGCGAUCCCUGGAAAACUACAUCAAAGUGGAAUGUGACUUCUUGUGCGAGGCCUUCAAAGAGGAGCAAGGGAAGCCAUUCAACCCUCACUUCACUCUCACCAACGCGGUUGGCAACGUCAUCUCCACGGUGCUGUUUGGACACCGCUUUGAGUACAGCGAUGGAAACUACCGCAAAUUUCUCGAGCUGGACAACGAGGCCAUUCUGCUAGCCGGUUCUCCAUUUGCACAGCUCUACAACGCCUUCCCCUCUCUAUUCAAGUACCUGCCAGGCCCGCACCAGACAGUCCUCGCCAACUACAGGGAGAUCGAGCUCUUCCUGAAGGCUGAAGUGCAAAAGCACCAGGAGCAGUGGAACCCGGAGCAACCCCGCGACUUCAUUGACGAGUACAUUGCGGAGAUAGAAAAGCUGAAGGAAGACCCCGAAGCCGGAUUCAACAUUGAAAGCUUGCUGGUUUCCACCCUGGACCUCCUGGAGGCGGGCACGGAGACCUCAGCCACCACCUUGCGCUGGGCUCUGGUGUACAUGAUGCACUAUCCGGAUAUACAAAGGAAAGUCCAGGCGGAAAUCGACAAUGUGAUUGGACAAUCUCGCCUGCCCGCGCUGUUAGACCGACUUAACAUGCCCUACACCGAAGCUGUCAUUUAUGAGAUUCAGAGGAUGGGCAACAUCGUUCCUUUGGGGUUCCCCAAGAUGGCCAGUAAGGAGACAACACUGGAAGGAUAUCUCAUCCCAAAGGGCACAGCCAUCGUGACCAACCUGGCGUCGGUGCUCUUCGACAAGAAUGAGUGGGAGACGCCUGAGAUGUUCAACCCUCAACACUUCCUGGAUUCGGAGGGCCGCUUCCGCAAAAGAGACGCCUUUCUGCCGUUUUCUGCAGGCAAGCGAGCGUGUUUGGGCGAGCAGCUGGCGCGGAUGGAACUCUUCCUCUUCUUCGCGGCCCUCCUGCAACGCUUCACCUUCGUCGCCGUCCCCGGAGAGGAGCCCAGCCUGGAGGGCGUUCAGGGCUUCACCAAUUCUCCCGCCGAGUUCCGGACCUUGGCCGUAACGCGCUGAUGGGGGUCCGCCUGCCUGCACACCCCGAGAGGAUCCUGGAUUACGAUUAGGAUGAGAGUUUCACUUCUUAUGACGCAUUACCGCAAUACAUUGGAAAUAAAAGAGCACGUGGAUGCAA